GAGUUUUUGCGAUAGUCUUAUUAAAACGAAAAAAAUAUAUUUAUCAAAUUGAAUUUCUUGAAAGUUUUCUACCUUUGCUUCAUUAUACUAAACAACUUACAUUGCAUUUCCAACUUAGCGACUACCAAUUAUUCCAAUGAUAGCUGAUCCUGACCAGUUAAUGCAAAAAGCUGCUAAAAAGGCCAGCGGCACUAGUGGCUUCGCCAUUUUCGGUGGUGGAAACAAAUAUGAAGAAGCAUCUGAGCUGUAUUUGGAUGCUGCCAACGGUUAUAGACUUCAAAAGCAAGGGAGUGCAGCUGGCUUCGCCUUUGAGAAGGCUGCUGAAAUGCAGUUGAGAACUGAUGAAAAGGAUGAUGCUGCCAAUACAUAUGUUGAGGCCUACAAGUCUUACCGCCGUGAAAAGGCUGCAGAAGCUGCCCGUACUUUACAAAUUGCGGUUGACUUGUUCACGAGACGUGGUAACUUCCGUCGUGCUGCCAACUACAAAAUGGACUUGGGCACCCUAUUUGAACAGGAUCUGCAGAAUCCUAAAGCUGCUCUUGCUUCCUACGAAGAUGCAGGUGAAUGGUACAUGAGUGAUCAAGCUGAAGCUCUUGCUAAUAAGGCGUAUUUGAAGGUUGCAGACCUAGCUGGUCAAGCAGGUGAAUAUUCUAUUGCAAUCCAAAAAUUUGAGCAGGUUGCACGUGCUAGCGUUCAAAACAAUCUUCUAAAAUGGAGUGUUAAAGAUUAUUUGCUCAAAGCUGGCUUCUGUUAUAUGGCCCAAGGUGAUGAGAUUGCUACACGUGGGGCUCUCGAAAAUUUCCUUCAAAUAGAUCCUUCGUUUGCUACUACUCGUGAGCAUCAACUACUGAUGGAUUUGCAAACUGCAAUUGAGUCUUCUGAUGCCGAAAUGUUUGCUAGCAAAGUCUUUAAUUAUGACCAAUUAUCCAAACUUGACGCCUGGAAGACUAACCUUUUGUUGCUAAUCAAAAACAAUAUUCAAGAGGCUGAGGACGAUCUGACUUGAGUGAUGCAUAUAUUUUUUUCUUUAUGAUGUUAAGCUCCUUGAGGAAGCCAUUUCCGUUACUCAACUCCCUUUUCCUGAAUUCACGUUUUCUUACUUUUUGAUUACCAUUCCAUAUGUACUGACAAAGUCAAUAGGUACUGUAUGAAUAGUUUAUUGGCUUUUCCGCUCAAGUCUCGUUUGUCAGGUUCGAAGGAGUUCAAUAUUGUAGAGUCAUUCUUAUUCUUUGUUUCUUUUCAUAAAAGCAUUCGAGAAACUGGAUUAUAUUGUGUAUAUUUAAUACUGAAAUGAAAUUACUUUUAUAAGUAAGUUUUAGUUUAUCCCUUAUUCUGUAAAUAGAUUUGUUAUAUUGUAUAUUUUAG